UUUGUCCUAGUUUAUCCUGAUUAUCCGAGCAUAUUCGAGGUUAAGAUUGAUCGCAUUCAUGUAAUAAUUGAUGUUACAUUUAUAAUGUAAUCUGCUUAAGAAAUUGAAUCGUUUAAAAAUUGUAUAGAGUAUAUUUUUUAUAUUUAAUUCAAACAAACAAGUAAACGAUUAGCACGUGAAAAUAAUAGUGGUGUAUCUAUAUACGUCAAAAUCUCGUACUCUCAACUUAAGUGGAUACGUGUAAUGCACUUGAAAUAAAAAACGAAAAUUAAAGCACGUUAUAAAACGCAAAGUGAUCAUGAAGAACGAAAAACAAAACCACAGAUGUUUAAAAACAUUAUGGAUCCGUUUUGAUCACGGAAAUACGGAUAAACAUCAACUAUUCUUUAAAGAGCACUCCAUUAGAAAUCAGAAACUUGAACAUCCAAGAGGAAGAACAUUGUUUAUAUUAAACGUACCCCCUUAUGUUACAGUAGAGGUUUUGAAAAGUAUUUUUAGUAAACUUUGCGGGAUUGUUUCUAAUCUGUUUUUUACAAAUGUAAAAGGAUUCAAAGAGGCAUACGUAGUGUUUGAAAAAGAGUCAUCUUUAGAGAAAGCGCUAGAACUCUCAGCAAAUUAUAUAAUUACAAUAAAUAGCGAGAAUAGUCAAUGCUUAAAUGGAUUGGCAAAAUGGUGUAGAGAAUAUAACGAUUCGAUAUAUGAUGAAAAAAAAACGAAGAAAGAAGUUGAGGAUUAUAUGUAUGCGUACGACAAUAAAAUUGUUAACAAAAUAGCAAAUGCAAAAUCUAUGGAAGAAGAUGACGAAGAUAACGAUGGUUGGGUAACUGUAUCAGGACGAAAGAAAAGAGGACAAUUUGCUCUUUCUAGAAAAGAAUCUACCAUCGAUAAAAUACAACGCAAAGAAGAGCAAAAGAAUAAGAAAAAGCAACUCUUCAACUUUUAUACUUUCCAAAUUCGUGAGAGUAAAAAACAGAAUUUGGCAGAGUUAAGAAAGAAAUUUGAACUAGAUAAAAAAAGACUACAAGAUUUGAAGUCAAAAAGGACAUUUAAACCAUUUUAAUUCUCUUGGAGUUGCAAAUAGCGUUUCACCGCUGGAUACAUUGAUUCACAAAUA